AUGGCCCGGCGGCGGCGCCGCGCCUGCAUCGCGCUGUUCCUGGUGCUGCUCUUCGCCUUCGGCACCCUCAUGGGCCUGCGCACGCUCAAGGCUCCAGACGGACUCCCGGCGCUGGGCCCGGGCCUGGAGCUGGCGCCCUUUGAGCGACGCCCGGAGGGAGCCCCCGCGCCCGCCGCCCGGGCCCCAGCCGCCCCCGCCGCGCCACCCCCGCCGCCGCCGCCGCCCCGCACCGCUGGCCCGGGCAGGGCCCGGGGGACUGCUCCCGCGGAGGCCGAGCCCGCCCCCGGGCAGAGUCUGCGUGUCUGCUCGGACCUGCACGCCUUCUACUACUCCUGGUACGGGAGCCCGCGGCGCGAGGGCCACUACAUUCACUGGGACCACGUCAUGGUGCCUCACUGGGACCCCAAGAUCUCGGCCAGCUAUCCCCGCGGCCGCCAUAGUCCUCCCGACGACUUGGGCUCCAGCUUCUACCCGGAGCUGGGGCCCUACAGCUCCCGGGACCCCGAGGUGCUGCGGGAGCACAUGACCCAGCUCAAGGAAGCCGCCAUCGGCGUCCUGGUCCUGUCCUGGUACCCACCUGGCAUGGCUGAUGAUAACGGGGAACCCUCAGACGACCUGGUACCCGCCAUUCUCGACACCGCCCAUCAGUACAACAUCCAGGUGGCCUUCCAUAUCCAACCCUACAAGGGCCGGGAUGACAUAACUCUGCAUGACAACAUCAAGUACAUCAUUGACACGUAUGGCUCCCAUGGUGCAUUUUACCGCUAUAAGAACAGCAUGGGUAAGAGCCUCCCACUCUUUUAUAUCUACGACUCAUACCUGACAUCCCCUGAGGCCUGGGCCUACCUCCUGACACCCAACGGGCCCCACUCGAUCCGCAACACCCCCUACGAUGGGGUCUUCAUCGCGCUGCUGGUGGAGGAGGGCCACACCCACGACAUCCUGGCUGCUGGGUUUGAUGGCAUGUAUACCUACUUUGCCUCCAACGGUUUCUCCUUCGGCUCCUCCCAUCAGAACUGGAAGGCUGUGAAGAGCUUUUGUGAUGCCCACAACCUCAUGUUCAUCCCCAGUGUGGGGCCUGGCUACAUUGACACCAGCAUCCGGCCCUGGAACAACCACAAUACUCGGAACAGGGUCAAUGGCAAGUACUAUGAGACAGCCCUGCAGGCAGCCCUGACCGUGAGGCCCGAGAUCGUCUCCAUCACGUCUUUCAAUGAGUGGCACGAGGGCACCCAGAUCGAGAAGGCCAUCCCCAAGAAGACGCCAACACGGCUGUAUUUGGACUACCUGCCUCACCAGCCCAGCCUGUACCUGGAGCUGACUCGCCGCUGGGCAGAGCACUUCAUCAAAGAGAAGGAGCAGUGGCUAAUGUGA